CUUGUUUCGUAUGCAUCUCUUAUUUUAUAUAUUGCAGGCCGCUCUUAAUUACCUCUUCAUUCCACAACAAAGCCAUUAAGGCUCUGUACCUCUCUCUCUCUCUCUCUUGCUCCUCCAUUGUUAAACAAAAGAAGCAGGAGUGACAUUUUAAAUAUUCUGAAUCUCCAAUUGAGAAAGACAUGGCUGGAGAUCAGCAACUUGGAGUGCUUAACGCACUCGACGCAGCAAGAACACAAUGGUACCAUUUCACCGCAAUUGUAAUUGCCGGAAUGGGAUUCUUCACAGAUGCAUAUGAUCUUUUCUGCAUCUCUCUCGUCACCAAACUUCUUGGUCGAAUUUACUACACUGACACUAACAAUCCCAAGCCCGGAACUUUACCUCCCAACAUCGCCGCCGCCGUAAACGGUGUCGCGCUCUGCGGAACUCUCGCCGGCCAACUCUUCUUCGGCUGGCUCGGAGACAAACUCGGCCGUAAAAAAGUCUACGGUAUAACCCUUCUUCUCAUGGUUAUCUGUUCCAUAGCCUCUGGACUUUCAUUUGGUAAAGAAGCUAAUGGAGUAAUUACCACCCUUUGUUUCUUCCGUUUCUGGCUCGGUUUCGGCAUCGGCGGAGAUUAUCCUCUCUCCGCUACGAUCAUGUCCGAGUACGCCAACAAGAAGACUCGCGGAGCUUUCAUUGCAGCUGUUUUUGCUAUGCAAGGUUUUGGGAUUUUAGGAGGAGGUAUAGUGGCUUUGAUCGUCUCAGCGGCAUUUGAUCACCUAUUCAAAGCUCCUACAUAUAUAGGAAACCGGGCAGAAUCUCUUGCUCCGCAAGCCGAUUACGUUUGGAGAAUCAUUCUAAUGGUAGGAGCUAUCCCUGCAGUGUUAACAUACUAUUGGAGGAUGAAAAUGCCUGAAACGGCUCGUUACACAGCGCUGGUUGCGAAGAAUGCCAAACAAGCUGCGGCGGAUAUGUCAAAGGUUUUGAAUGUUGAACUUGAAGCGGAAGAGGAAAAGGUAGAGAAGUUUGCUAAAGAGAAAAAUUCGUUUGGCUUGUUUACUAAGGAAUUUGCUCGGAAACAUGGUAUGCAUUUGCUUGGUACCACAUCUACUUGGUUUUUAUUGGAUAUAGCAUUUUAUAGUCAGAAUCUUUUCCAAAAGGAUAUAUUCUCCGCCAUUGGAUGGAUUCCGCCGGCGAACACCAUGAAUGCUAUACACGAAGUUUAUCGGAUUGCGAGAGCACAAACACUCAUAGCGCUGUGCAGUACUGUGCCUGGUUAUUGGUUCACUGUCUUCCUCAUCGAUUAUAUGGGUCGUUUCUUCAUCCAAUUGAUGGGUUUCUUCUUCAUGACCGUCUUCAUGUUUGCCCUUGCAAUUCCAUACAAUCACUGGACUGAAAAAGAAAAUAGAAUCGGUUUUGUUGUUAUGUACUCGCUUACGUUUUUCUUCGCGAAUUUUGGACCCAAUGCCACAACUUUCGUUGUCCCGGCCGAGAUUUUCCCUGCGAGGUUGAGGUCAACUUGCCAUGGAAUAUCUGCGGCUGCAGGUAAGGCUGGAGCAAUUGUUGGAGCUUUCGGUUUCUUGUAUGCGGCGCAGAGCACCGAUCCGAGGAAGGUCGAUGCUGGGUACCCGACGGGGAUCGGUGUGAAGUAUUCUCUGAUUGUGCUUGGAGUGAUCAAUUUCUUUGGAAUGUUGUUUACAUUGUUGGUUCCGGAAUCCAAAGGGAAAUCACUGGAGGAGUUGACGGGAGAGAAUGAAGGUGAAGGUGUUGAGAUUACUGAGUCAGUUUCUAGUAGAACUGUUCCAGUAUGAUAGAAACAAAAAAUACAAAAGAGAAAUAUUAAAAAAGGAGCUUAGUGAAAUUUAUAGUGCUCUUUUUUUUUUUUCUUUUUUUUUCUUUUGUUUUUUUUUUUUUUUCCUUUUUGUUUGGUUUUUAUUUUGUUUCUUUGUGACAACUUGAAAUGCUAAGAAUAAUGUAGAUAUUUCUUUUGUGAAGGCUUUCAUGCAGAAGAAAGCAAAUUAUAUGGCAGUGUUUGGAAAAUGUAUGCAAAUUAAGCGUGUACCUGUAGCUCUAUGUUACAAAUCCAUUUUGACCCAAAUAAUAAAAAUGCGAUUGUUCACUAUCA